GUAAUGCCAUUGAAUUGGAUGACGGAUUCGUUGUGUCUCCAUUCGGUUCCGCACUCCGGUUUUUGCCGUAUAUUGGGCUCCCACUGCUUGGCCACUUCUCGUUGUUGCCUUCCAUCAGACUUACGCUCAGACGGUGGGGACUUUGCACAUUUUUCUUACCCAACACUCUUGUUAGUCACUUUAAAUCUCUCACCGGGUUCGGAUGUGUUGUCCCGUUCUCUCCAAAUUUCUUAACCGUGAACCAUCGAGAGCAAUUUUCGCGCGUAGAGUUUCCGUAUCUUUUGUCCCCGCGGGUCUUUUUGAGGAGUAAAAAAAAUCCAAAAAACCUCGUGUGGACCACGCCAAAAUUGUGUGAGAUUUGAUUUCUUGAGGAGCUCAACAGCCCCACAAUGAAGGGAUGGUUUGACGCCUUCCGAGACGAUGGCGGUCCCACAUUGUAUUCCUUCUCGAAUCGAACCCCCGUGACGGGAGAUGUCUCAAUUGUGGCUGUUUCCGUACUCUUCACAACCAUCUACGUGGCAUUCCUGGUGAUCUUCCCAGGAGUGAGGAAACAACGAUUUACUACCUUCACGACCGUGACACUAAGUCUCUUUGUCGGCCUAGUCAUAUUAAUUACACGCUUGGGAUCUGCUUGGCACGUGGCUCACUCGAGCAUUUUGGCGCCAUAUAAGGCCUUCUCACGGGAAAAACUUCCUGCACGGAUGGGAGCUCACAUUGGACUGAUGCAUGUGAAUAUUACCCUCACAGCACUCCCUAUUGGGAAUUGGACCCCACCGGAUAUUGAUUUUAACGAACGCUUUAGCUGGAAUGCCGCUGAUGACAUGGGUCAGUCCUACAAGAAUUCCCUGCGCCGUGGACUGCCCUAUCCCAUUCUCACUGUCGCUGAGUACUUUAGCCUCGGUCAGGAGGGUUUUGCAUGGGGUGGUCGCUACCGAGCGGCCGGCUACUACGCCAGUAUCCUCCUCUGGGCAUCCCUGGCGUCGUGGCUACUUAUGAAUUUGCUGCUAAUUGCAGUCCCACGCUAUGGGGCCUACAUGAUGUCCCUCACGGGAGCACUUCUCGUUGCCACGGACAUUGGGUACUACUUGCUACUGCCCAAGAGACCCCUAACAAUUAUCGUAGAAGGUGGCCAAUUGCAAUUCCAUUUGGGAUGGUGCUUCUGGCUUGUUCUAGUCGCAGGAACCCUGUGCCUUUUCGUAGGAUUAAUAAUUUCUGCCAUAGACCUCGUGUGGCCCCAUACUUUUUCAACAAUCUUAGAAGUGUACUACGACACACCGUAUGAUCGUCACGUUAUUCUCGAGGAGUCGCAUGAUAUGCGCUACCGAAAGAGAAAUAGCAAGAGCCUCGAAGAGCCCUCUGGGCUUGGGUCGCGCAUCCUGAGGCGCCUUUCAUCGAAGACAAGCCAAUUGGCGGGUGUUGACAACAAGGGCUUCCAGAGUGAUGCACCAAAGUCACCGUGGCGCUACCCCUUCCGCCGUGCCCAGAUGCAACAGGCAAAUGGACGCUCGGCUGUGCAGCGAACUCUGUCGCAGGACUCCAUGUCUAGUAUUGCGUCGGUCGCAGGCAAUCCACCAAAUAUGCACAAAGUGGCUCUCUCUAGGGUCCUGCCGAAACCGCCUUUGGAACGAACCAGGGAAUUGUCAAACUGGUGAUUUUGAACAAGAUUGAUUUACUUUGUGAUAUUUCAUUGACUCUCAAACGAACCUGUUAAUUUAUGUUUUUAGAAACUCUACAAAUUAGAAAUAAAAUUAAAGAACAAAUAAAA